AUGCCAAGAACAAAUUCCUCCGGGAAUAAAAAAUAUAAAAAUCUAACUAAUGAAGCUUACGCACAUAAGCAUGAACAUAAAUAUGAAUAUGGAUAUUCACAACGGCAUAAUAAUAAUAAUAAUAAUAAUAAUAAAAGAAUAUUAUUCGACUUAAGGCUGUUAUUAAGGUAUAUCCAUGUAAUUCUGGAUCUUUUGAAAAGAAAUAAACUCAAAGCUAUUUUCAUAUCUUUGAUCGCUAUCGCUUUGGCUUUGACUUUAACCUCAAAUUCAUCUUUCAAUAAUCCUUCCUCCAUAUCUAAUGCAGAUCCAAGAUUAAAAAAUUACAAUAAUAAUAAUAACUAUGGUAUGAACGAUUACAAUUAUGAUUAUAACUAUGCUUAUGAUAAUAAAAAUGAUUAUGAUUAUGAUUAUAAUACUAAUGACUAUAGUGAUGAUGAUUACGAUUAUUAUUAUCAUAUGGAUGUUUCUGAGUUGGAUCUUUCCGAUUAUGAGAUAAACGAAUUGUAUCAACAAGGUCUUCUGAUAUCCUCUCAAAAUACAGAUGUUCAUGACGAUAUGGAUGGCUAUUAUUACAAUUCUUACAACAAUAAUGACAUCAACAGUGACGACGAGGACAUCUUCUUUGAAGACAAUAUCGUUAAGGUUAACAGAAAUAUAACAAUUGAUGAACUUAAAAGAAGGAAAGAGAACGAGAUCAACAGAAAAGUCGCCCAGAGGGUUAAGAAGUGGAAGGAUUCAUGGCUGAAAGGUCACACGUCCAAGGAGAAGAUACCAUCUAUUCAAUUCGAAGAUACUUUGGAGGGCUCUGUUGCUCAAUCUCUGGCCAGACACGGGUUUAAACCAAAGGGGUCCUUGGUUAUGUACGUCUCAGACUCGGAAAUUAACGAUAUUGUCAAGACUAUUGACUCUGUGCAGGCCCAUUUUAACAAUUGGGUCCAAUAUCCAUGGAUCUUGGUCAGUGUUGAUGGUAAAGAAUUUAAUAAUACCGAAUGGGUAGACAGAUUGAAAAAAUAUAAUAUAUUUAGAAGCAAUAAUACUAAUACUACUAGUAGUAUUGUCAGUAAUGAAAGUAACAGUGGCAAGAAAACAAAGAUUUUCUUAGAGACGGUCUCAGAUCAGUUCUGGGCCAUCCCAAAAUGGAUCGAUGUAGGUAAAUUAGCGCAGGCAAGGAACAUUCUACGGUUGGAACCCCAUAUUGAAUCAAUAGAAUACAAGAUCUGGACAAGAUAUUUCACUGGGUUUUUACCUUUGGAGAGCUUCAUGUCAAACUAUGAUUGGAUGUGGUACAUUAAACCUGGCACUGAAUUGUUCUGUGAUGUCGACUAUGAUGUAUUUAGAUAUAUGCAGGAUUCCAAAAAAUUGAUCGGUUUGUCUGGGUCACGUAAAGUAGAUAAUCUACCAGAUUUCCAAUACGAAAAAUAUUAUAAAUUCUUAAACGAAAAACACAAGGAUAUUAUUAGAAAGACUAAUUUGGAAUUAUUUUUAUUAAGGAAAGACUCAAAAGAAAAUGAUAAAAAACUUGAUAAAUGUGAACUACUAGUAGAGGGCUUUUCUAUUUCAAAUCUAAAUUUCUGGAGGUCUAAAGUGUAUCAAAAAUAUUUCGAAAUCAUUGAUAAAGAAGGUACAAUCUUCCACAAUGCUUGGACAAUUAAUAAAGUUCAAACUUUAGCGAUCACUCUAUUGAUAAAUGAAGAAUCUUUCCAGUUUCUAGAUAAUUUAGGUUUUCAAAAUGAUGAUUAUUCCAAUUGUCCAAUUGAUGACACUGUAUAUGAUAUAUACCGUUGUGAGUGUGAUCAAGGUAGUGAUAUGACUUUUGUCGAUAGCACUUGUUCAAGAAAAUUUUAUGAUAUUCUAGGUAUACCAUUUCCUCAUAAUUGGGAGAGACAUUCCAAAAAUUUAAGAGAACUAAAAUUAAAGCAAUGA